AUGUAUAUUGAAUAUAUAGAGAAGAAUUUCAAACCAACAGUUAAAGAAUUAGAAUUAUUGAAUUCUAAAGAAAUAAUAGAAUUAUACUAAUAUAUUCAACAAUAAGGUGGAUUUAUUAAAGUAUACAUAAUAAACUAUAUAUAGUAUUACUCAUAAUAGUACAAUAAAUUUCAAUCAUAAGAUAACAAUGAAAUUUUGAAUUUGUUUCAUAAAUACUUAUUAAAUUAUGAAUUGAAAUCAUUAAAUAUAGAUGGAUAAUAUUUACAGAGAUGUGCAUAUGUAGAAUUUGAUAAAGCAAUCAAUUGUUUUACACAAUCACCAGAAAAAUGGAUUAAAGAUUAAAUAAUAUUAUGGUCUUUACCAAAUGAUGUAAUAAAUAAAUUGAAUAAAAAUUUAUUCACAUUUUAAGAUAUGUCUAAAAAUCAUAAAAAUUAUGGAAUGGAUAUUAGGGCUCAAAAUCCAUUAAUAGAUACUACAGAAGCAAAAGAUGAAAAUUUUUUUUAAGCUUUUACGAUGACAGUAAAGUAAUACAAAGAUUAUGCUGAAGAUCCUAAAACAUUUUUUAAAAACAAUCCAAAUUAUAAAAAAGAUAAAGUUUAUUAGGCAGUAAAUGUUGAUAUGGAGAAAUGGAAAGAUGAAAUACAUAGACUAUUUGAUUUUUUUCCAAAUUUCUUUUCAAUUAAUAAUGGAUUGAAUUAUUUAAGAUAGAAUUGUAAAGGAGCAAAUGUACCAGAAAUAUAUAUGAGAGUAUAAAAUUGUUGGAUUGGAGGUUAAUAGGAUUUUUAAGGUUUGAGUUAAAUUAAUAUAAAUCAUGGACCAGGAGAUUGUGUAUGGACAAUUAUUGAUGCAAAUCAUGUAGAUAAAUUAUUUAAUAUUAUGCCUGAUUUGUAUUUGAAAGAAGGAAGAUGGUAUGUCAAUAUUGUAUAUUUUUUAUAAAAUAAAAUACCUGUUAAAUAGAUAAUCUAAAAAUAAGGUGAUAUUCUUAUUAUUGGACCUGGAUGCUUUUUUUAAGCUAAAAAUAUUGGAAAUUCAAUUCAUACAUCAUUUAAUUUCUUAAUGAUGGAUGAUUUUUCUUUGUAACAAAUAUAUAUAAGAUAAAUUAAGAAUGAUCAUUACAAAUUUUAGAGUGUGAUAGCAAUUAGAAAUUUAUUUUUAGAUAUUUAUAUUCAUGAGAAGUUAUGUAUUUUAAAAGAAUUUUUGAAUUAUUUUAUAGAUGAAGAACUUCAACGUUAAUUAUCUAAAAAACAUAUAUCUCAUUUUGAAUUAUCUAAAUCCUCAAAAGAUGUAUUGAUUUGUGCUAAAUGUUAGAAAGAAAUCUUUAUAUUCUUUUAAUAUAUUAAAGAUUGGGUAAUUUAUUGUCCUGAUUGUUAUGUUGAUGAUCAAGAUGUAGUUUAUAUGAAAUACAAUAUUAUCUAAUUGAAAUGUCUCAUAUAAGCUGAUACUAUUGAAUGUUCAAAAUUGUUGUGUAGUAAUUAUGUUGGAGAAUCAAAAUGCAAAUUAAAAUAGUAACUCAAAUUAUUGAUGUAAUUACUAACUGAAGAAAAUACAACAAUAUUAGAAAGUAGACAAUUUUUAGAUGAAUUCAUUGUUGGUUUAAAUAUUGAAUCAUCUAAUUCUCAUAAUCAAUAGAAUGGAUCUUCUGUUGAUUUUGGAUAUAAUGAGAAAAAUCAAAUAAAAAAAAUAAAAGAAAAAAUAACAAUGAUGAAAUUACAACAUGAUAAAUUAAAAAAACAUAAAUAAUAAUAUGAUAACCAUUCAGAACUAUAGGUAAUUAAGUACAUUUAAAAAACAAAAAGAAGAAUCUUAAAUUGA